AUUUAUCAGGAUGCAACAAAACUCUGAACGAAGUUUUCCUUUUCAUGACGGCAAUCAGUGUAGGGUUUUCAUUCGCCGGAUGUUUGAUAGUAGCUGCUGAUUUAUCCCCAACGUUUUGUGGAAUUAUUAUGGCAUUAGGAAGCACAGUAGCUAGUUUAUCUGGUUUCAUAAUGCCUAUUCUCAUUGGGCAUUUAACGAAAGAAGAACAAACAAUGAGUCAAUGGCAUAAAAUGUUCCUUAUUACAUCAUCUGUUUUUUUGUCUGUGGUGCGACCUUCCAAACUUUAGGCUCUGCUGAAAUUCAACCAUAUGAUCCAGCAUAUAUAAAAGACACUAAAGUAGAAACAAAAACAGAUCUAUCUUCAAAAAACUUAGACAAGAAGGAAGUUACUAUCACAAAAUUUUAAUGUUUUUCUCUUUUACAAAUCAUAUAGUGUGAUUGUUGAAGAAUGGUGAAUAAGAUUGAAGCUGGUAGAUAAAUGUUAUUUUUUUAAAAA